UGUUUUAUUUAAGCUAGCAAUGCUAAGCUAAUAAUGUUGGCUAGCGGUUAAUCAUAAAGCAAACAUAUGUGACAUUUGAAACAUUUUAUUGCAAUUAUGUCACACGUAAGGAGUGCACCAAAAACAUGUUGGAAAACUUUGAACUUUUCUGUCUGGUUAUGUCUUUUUGAGGUAAGGGAUCACCCUUUGUCUCAAUAACGGUCGCGCUCGCGCUGCCCGGAUGGGGUGACAGUGGGCUCUCGUGCGGGCCAGACGACUGCAGUGGGCUCGUUUGACGUUAUACUCGUUCCGGGGCGCCGCUGCGUGUGUGUCUUCGUAACGUUUCGGUUUCAGUCGGUGAAACCCCCCCACACACACACACUGAGUGAUGCGCGGGCGGCCAGCUCCAUCCCUUACACAUCUGAAAAAGGAGGUGACUUGAUCGGCGUAUGAAAUUCCUCAGGUAAGACACUCGGUUGAAUGUGGAUGGACACGGCGACAGAGCUAAUCACCGGUAAGCAUCGAUCCGAACCCGUCGCUCCGUUUCGCGCUCGGUGUUCCCUCCUCCCUCCGAGGCAGUCCGGAGCGGCGGCGGCGGCGGACGGAUGCCGAUGCCGAAGCCGAUCCCUCAGCCCGCGGGAUGUGUAGUAGUAGCAGCAGCCUCGGCGUCGGUGCAGACAGCGGGGCGGUCAUCGCCUGGAGCGAAUAGUCGAGCUGCUCUUCCUACCUACUGAUAUCAGAUCAAACCAAUGAAAAUGCAUGGCCUGUAAGCCGCCAACUAUGGCUCACAGGAAGAGGCCUGGGACAUGUGAAGGAAACAGCAUAGCUGCUCCAGGCCCUGUCUCCUGUCCCGCCGCUCAUCCUACAGAGCCAUGUGAUCUGAAGCCCCUCCCUCCUCGUCAACGCCCAGUUCGCUACCCAAAAGUGUCACAUGAUCCGAAACCCCUGCCCCGUUCCUGUAAGGCACAAUAUCCUCCUACCAAGUCUCAAGAAGGGGGUCGCAGUCGUUCAGACGUGGAUGUAGACACAGAGGUCGAAGUGAAGCUGUACAGCAACCAAGCAGACCCCGAACGGGAUGAUCAGCGGCCAGCAACACCCCCUGUGCCGGAACAUCAGCAUGAACUUGAACAAGAACAAGUUGUGCAUGGCCAGGUGGACUUCCGUGGCGGAGCUGACAGCCUGGAUGAUGACUCCAGCUCUGACUAUAUCAACAACACCUCAGAUGACGAGGAAGACUAUGAUGAUGGACUGGCAGAGGAGGACGAGGGUGUGACCUACUACAUCCGCUACUGCCCAGAGGACGACAGCUACCUGGAGGGUAUGGACUGCAGCAGCCAGGGAGACUGCAACCACAGCCAGAGUCCCAGUCAGGGGGACUGUGCCGGCAGCGUGCAACCAGAACCCCACACUGAUGAAUGCCAGGAGGCUGUGGAAGGUUGGACUGAGGAGGGAGAGGGUGAGGGAGAGGUAAGACAGGAAAAAUGGGUGGAAAAUGAGGAGGGAGAGGGAGCAGUUAGGGAAGAGUGGAGAGAGGAUGAAGAAGAGAUGAGGGAAGAGUGGAGAGAAGAUGAAGAAGGGGUGAGGGAAGAGUGGAGAGAAGAUGAAGAAGGGGUGAGGGAAGAGUGGAGAGAAGAUGAAGAAGGGGUGAGGGAAGAGUGGAGAGAGGAUGAAGAAGAGGUGAGGGAAGAGUGGAGAGAGGGCGACGAGAGUGCCAGGCAGGAGUGGAGAGGGGAGGGCCAGGUCAGGCAAGAGCAGUGGGCAGGGCGAGAGAGCCACAGGGUGGAGGAGUGGGAGGAGGGAGAGGGGGAGGUUCGCUGUGAAGUGGUGGAGCAAGAUCCGGACGAGCAGAUAUACAACGGAAGACCAGAACCCAUCCUGGACCAUCAUCACCACCACAAACCCUGCCUGCAAGACACGCCGCACAACCGAGGUGAAGAGGAGGAGGCAGAGAGCGAGGAGUACUGUCCCAAUGAGGAAGAAGAGGAGGAAGGUGAAGAGGAGGAGAGACACGGAAGGGCCUACACUGGAGACUACUAUGCCCCCGAGGACAAUGGGAACUCAGUGCACGUCUCUCCAUACCGUAGCCGUAAAGUGGUGGUGGUAGAGGGGGAGACGGGGGAGGAGGCGGAGGAGGACAUUGACCAAAUUGUUGCCGAGAUCAAGAUGAGUAUGAGCAUGGGGAGUCUGAGCAGUGGUACAGACCAAAGCCCGGAGGAGCUGGCGCUGGACCCUGCGCCAAGUGACUACCCUCACGCCAAGCCUGACCCAGCCCCCUACCCACCAGCUCACCACCGACACGACAGCAGACCAAAGUCUCUGAAUCUCCCCUCCAUGCACCACAACAACCCUGAGCUCCAGAGGGCAAUCAAGGCGCAUCCAUGCUCCCCUGAAGACAGGCAGAGAUGGUCACAGGAGCAGGUGAGCAACGGUGCAGAGCAGCCCAGAAAACAGCAGCGCUCCGACCUCAACGUUCCCCUGGAGAACAACAAUGUGCCAGAGCCAACAAAGAAGGUUGCGUCGUUCCCCAGCUUUGUCGAUGUACCAGGACCGUGCGAGCCAGAAGACCUGAUUGAUGGAAUUAUCUUUGCUGCUAACUACCUGGGGUCCACUCAGCUGCUGUCUGAGAGGAACCCGUCCAAGAACAUACGCAUGAUGCAGGCGCAGGAGGCUGUCAGCAGGGUCAAGAGGGUACAGAAGGCUGCCAAAAUCAAGAAAAAGGCGAGUGCAGACGGAGAUGCUCAAACCCUCACUGAGGUGGAUCUGUUCAUCUCCACCCAGAGGAUAAAAGUCCUCAACGCAGACUCACAGGAGACGAUGAUGGACAACGCGCUCCGCACUAUAUCCUACAUCGCUGACAUCGGGAACAUUGUGGUUCUGAUGGCCAGACGCCGGAUGCCACGCACGGCCUCGCAGGACUGUAUCGAAACUACGCCCGGGGCGCCCGAGGCAAAGAAGCAGUACAAGAUGAUAUGCCACGUCUUUGAGUCUGAGGAUGCCCAACUUAUCGCUCAGUCCAUCGGCCAGGCUUUCAGUGUCGCUUACCAAGAGUUUCUGAGGGCCAAUGGCAUUAACCCUGAAGACCUGAGCCAGAAGGAGUACAGUGACAUCAUCAACACGCAGGAGAUGUACAAUGACGACCUCAUUCACUUCUCCAACUCUGAAAACUGCAAAGAGCUGCAGCUGGAGAAGGUGAAAGGGGAGAUCCUGGGUGUGGUGAUCGUAGAGUCCGGCUGGGGAUCCAUUCUGCCCACGGUUAUUUUAGCCAACAUGAUGAACGGCGGGCCGGCGGCUCGCUCUGGCAAGCUCAGCAUCGGAGACCAGAUCAUGUCCAUCAACAACACCAGCCUCGUGGGGCUGCCGCUCGCCACCUGUCAGGGAAUCAUCAAGGGCUUAAAGAACCAGGUGCAGGUGAAAAUGAACAUUGUCAGCUGUCCUCCUGUUACCACUGUCCUCAUUAAGAGACCGGAUCUCAAAUAUCAGCUUGGCUUCAGCGUCCAGAACGGAAUCAUAUGCAGUCUGAUGCGAGGAGGUAUCGCUGAGCGAGGUGGCGUCCGUGUGGGUCACAGGAUUAUUGAGAUCAAUGGGCAGAGUGUGGUGGCCACAGCACAUGAGAAGAUUGUCCAGGCCCUCUCGAACUCUGUCGGCGAGAUUCACAUGAAGACCAUGCCGGCAGCCAUGUUCAGACUCCUGACAGGCCAGGAGACACCGAUGUACAUAUGAACGAUGGCCAGGGACCGUUGCCCGGGACCGGCUGUCGGCUGUGACUGGUGACAUCUCACUGACCAGCGACAGGACGGCUUCUCCCUGUCGAUUCUUUUCUCUCAUUUUUUGUUUUUCUCCCUCUGAGCUAAUGACAUAUUCAUAUUCAUCAUUCCCUUUCCGUCUGUGCUGAACAUGCAACAGCCAUUUUAUUGACAUGAAACGCUCUUUCCAUCGUUCCAGCUGAAGAGACAGCGUGUGUGUGUGUGUGUGUGUAUGUAUAGUUCAUUCUAUUUAUUUGUCCUGUCUGUGCUAUUCUGUUUGAUUGUGUGGAUGGACUUUAUCGAGUGACUGCAUCAUAUAUAUAUUUUUUUUCAAUCAUGUAAUGCAAUUUGAUACUUCUACUAUACAUCAUGUAUAGUUUCAUUGUCUUCAGUUUAUUUAUUUGUCAUGAAAAUACAUAUUUUGCUAAUAUUGUGACUGAGGGCAGUGGGGAUGGAAGGGCCACAGCUGCAUUGUAAAUAUUUACUUAAUCUUGCUGUUGACUUUGAUGAUGGCAAAGACACAAUUGAAUGGCGGAUGUUGUGAUCGCUGCCAUGAAAGGAGGAGUGAGCGUCUGAAAGUUGACAUAUUGUACAUGUGGAUGAAACCAAUGCUUGCAGCAGUGGUUUAUGGGAGAAACGCCAUUGAUUUAAUUCAUUUAACGGCAAUACACGAGUUCGACCUCUGCGUGACAAUAUCUUUUCUAAAUGUCAUGUACAAACACUCACACACAUUUAAAUAUCAGGCAACUGAAUAACAACUAUUCACAUGCAUUAAGUAUGCUUUUGAUAUCAACAUGUCACACGUAUGAAAAAUUGAGUUUCUUUUGUGUGCUCUCUCUGUACAUUCAUCUCGAGUGUUCCUGACAAACUCAAGAAUACUGAGUGGAUUGUGAAUGUAACUGUGUCGUGUGAGCUGUCCCAUUGCCAUAUGCGGUAUUAGAAUGUCUGUACAUAAAGAGAAACUUGUCUAGUAUUGUGCUCAUGUAAAAAAACAACACAGGUUUAGUCACUGUAAACAUUGUCCCACCUGUCUGUUUGGCUUUUCAGUCUCGAGAGGGUAAGAGAGAACUUUUUGAAUCGCACACUGUGACAGGAAAAAAAAAAGCCUUACCACCGAGUAACGGUUUUACAAUGCGUUGUAGUGAAUUUGAGCCCUAUGAACAUUAUCUGUGUGCAUGCCUCGUAAAGUAGUAUCAUGUCAUUGUGGCAAGAAAAAUUAAAAACGGAGCUAAACCUGGCUGAUUUUAUUGAACUGGAUCAAACUACAAACCGUAUCUAGAGAAAUGUGUGUUGUAUAAAAGUUUGUUUGUGUGCAUGUAUUUUAACUUAAACAGUAUUAACUCGUUUCCUGAACUGUAAAGUACAUUUCUUGUAAACUUACUAUUAAACAGUAUAUCAUCA